GUGCUGUCGUGCAGCAUGCAGCGAUGCAGUCAAAGCACGAUGAUCGCCGAGCCAGGAUGUGACUUUUGACUUUUGACUUGGACUUGGUCCAGCGAGCCUGGAGCGUGCAGCCCGAUUUCUGCGCUGCUUCUAGAUAAGCUGAGCGGCACUUCGACCAAUGGCCUGAGAAAUGCCCAUCCACCUGACGACCCACAUCGUCCGCCUCUCAUCUUCUCCUCCUUCCCUCCUUCUCCCUUGCCCCCUCAUCCCGUCCACCGCCAUCCCAACCCUCCCUACUCGUUGCCCAACAUGGCGACGCAGGCGAUGGAGAAGACCCUGUAUCAUGCCCAGGUAUCACUCAUCAACGCAUACGCCUUGCUAGCGAUCGAAGCCUACAACUUUAUCCUCCAAACACCCGCAGACAUCGAAAUUUGGAAACUUCAGAUUGCCAUUUGGAAAGGCCAAAGACCAGGUCCGAAGCUGAAUCUAUCUUGGAUGUUCUACCAGGCCGUGCGAUGGUCCAUCUUGCUCAAUGUCCCGGCCGCCCUGCUCGUCAGUGGCCGACCGGCUAGCUGCUCUGCUACGCUCAAAGCGGACUGGGCAAUCUUGACACUCGCAGAGACCGCAUCCGCCCUCCUCUUUGCCUUUCGAACCAUGGCCAUCUGGCGCGGAGCUCUUUGGGUCAAGAUCUUUAUGGGCUUUGGUGUCUGCUGCGUUCUCGGCGUAUGGGUCUCCAUCAUCCCAUUCUUGGGCGCGACAAAUCUUCCAGCUGCACCUUCGUACGGAGCAGGCUGGUGCGCUGGUCUAGUUGCGCCAUCCUGGAUCUCCGCUGCCUACUUCACUAGCGCCGCUUUCGACCUGGCGGUCGUUACGCUCACAUUCUACACGUACUCGAGAAGCCGAAUGGAUCUCUUGGCUGGUCGACGUCGUAGCAGCACCACUGGCACUGCUCCAGCAACCAGCACACCUCUUCUGCUCUUUUACAGAGAUGCAGGCGGCUUCUUUGCGCUGAGUUUUGCCGCGCACCUCAUCAACGGUAUCUGGCAAUUGACGCUUCAAGAUCCAGUGCUGAUCACGCUCUUUCAGCCCUACGCCACUGCGGUCGUCUUGGGAGCAGCUCCUCAAGUGUACAUCAAUCUACGUCUGCACGGCACUACGAGACAGGCGCCCGCUCCCUCCAGCUCCUACAAAGAAGGCGCCAGUGGCACCGGUACCGGUGGACCGAGCACCGGCGGAGCAGGAAACAGCGCUGCAGCUGUCAGGAGGCAGCGUCACCAGAAUGCUCUGCGAGCGGAUCCCUUUGACCCGAACGGUGAUCCCAACGAAAUGUACCACAAUGCCGAUGGUACCGGCAUGCUGCCGCUCUCUGCCGGCGGCGCGCAGUCGACCAGCUUCCAAAAGCGGGGAGGGGGGGCCAAUGUCGGUCUGGCCUCUCCUACCGGCUGGCAACGCACUCCCGAGUCGAUGACGAGCCCCAUGUUCGCAGCAGCAACGCCUUACCAGAUCCAAAGUGGCGAUUACAAGUCUCCCAGACUCGACGACGAACGAGAGUCGUUAUCGAGCGCGAUCAACUUUGCCGGCUUCAACAGCAGCGUGGGCACCGCUCCGCUGCAUCCCGAGGCGCCUUCGCCCACUUCGGCCCCAGCAGAGAGUAACGGUAUUCCCUUGAGGCUCAAGGGCUCCCUCGACGCCCACGACGCUCGAAUGGACCCGCUUUCGCAGAGAGCCGUGUUCGACCAGAGGUCUCAACAUGCGCCCAUGGGCUCUUCCACACCUCUACACGACGAUUUCGAGAUUGUCAAUGAGCGUCAGCCUCAGGUGCCUCAGAGUAGCGACUUGGGCAUCGGCAUCACGACGCAUAUUCAACAGUUUCGGGAUUGAUUGGGGGGCGGGGGGGUCGAGCGUGGAGGCUUGCGUUGCGCCACUUGCAAAGAGGGGGAUAGGUAGCGUCCGCUCGGACCCAUGACUCCGAUUUUCUCUUUUCCUUCACCUCCGAGCCCGCGAAUGAAUGGCCCGUGCUCCAUGUAAUCUCUCCUUCCUGUAUCCAGCAUCACCCGCGCGUUUGUUUCGAAAGGCGCAGUCCAAAGUAAUGCGAUUUGGCGCACAUGCUUGAGCCGAAUCGCCGAUCCGAUCCGAUCCUC